AUGCAUAUCAAUUUGUUUUCACUAAUAUUAAAAUGUAAAAUUCACUUUAGUAUAUUUUAAAAUAAUUUGUGUGUUAUUUUAAAAAAUUAUUUAUUUAUUUUUAGAGAGAGGAGAAGGGAGGGAGAAAGAAGAGAAACACUGAUGUGUGAGAUGGGUUGCCUCUCCAUGCUCCCCGACUGGGGACUGAACCUGCAACACAGGCACAUGCCCUGACGAGGAAUUGAACCUGUGACCUUUCACUUUGUGGGGCAGUGCCCAAGCAACUGAACCACAGCUGUCAGGACAAAAUAAUUUGUGUGUUUUGAUUAAAAUUUGUAUAUUUGCAUUUUUAUUGAUACUAUUAUCUUUUUUAAAAAUUUAUUUAUUUAUUUUUUAAAGAUUUUAUUUAUUUAACUUUAGAGGGGAAAGGAAGGAGAGAAGGAGAGAAAUAUCAAUGUAUGGUUGCCUCUCAUGUGUCCCUUGCUGGGAACUGGCCUGCAACCCAGGCAUGUGCCCUGACUGGGAAUCGAACCAUGAUAUUCUGGUUCACAGGCCCACACUCAAUCCACUGAGCUAAACCAGCCACGGCUAAAUUUAUUUAUUUAUUUUAAUUGUUGUUCAAGUACAGCUUUCUGUCUUUUACUCUCACCCCAGCCCCUCAAUACUAUUCUGAAUUUAAAAGUAAAUCUAUGGUUUAUAUAAGCAUAAAAACAGCUAUAGAAGUAGUAAUGCAAUUCAACAAUUUAAAAUAAUUCUAUACAAAUUGAGAGUCCUUUAGUGUGGUUAUAGAAUGUGAAUCAAUUGUACUAAGUUAUUUUGCAAGGAUGUUUGUAUAAGCAACUAGAGAACACCUCCUCUUCAAAUUUUAUUUCCUUUAUAAUUUAGUUAGGAAUUUGUCUGACAAUUGGAUUUCAAGUUCAAGAUCUAGCUUUAUUCAUCUAGUCAUAAUUUACCUGAAUUAUGGGAGGAAGUAGAACAAGGGGAGGAUAUUAACUAUAAGAAGUAAUGAUCAAUAUUAUUGUGGCCUUUAGGGUGUUCUUCCAAGUGGUUGCGCUUGACUGUAUCUAUAAACAGUAUGUACAAACUAUAGUUUUGGCUGGCUAUUGCCAAAUGUGUUUUGAAGCAGAUGCUUCUGAUUUCUUCAUCUCUAACAAUCCUCCAAAAAAGAUAGUGGCUUGAGAAACCUUGAUUUUUACCAUAGCAUCUGAGACAAUGAACAUUGCUUCCUAGUAUAUUUCUGAAAAAUCCAGUGGUUGUAAAUGCCUCUUCACUGCCUAGAUUCACAUCUCAGCCUGCAAGCAGAGCACCCUAACUAAGCCUCUCUGGAAAGGGAGAUUUUAGCAGGAGAUUUUCUCCAUUAGCUGUGUGCACGUCUUUCCACACACUCCCUCUUCCUAUGCUGUGGUUAUUGCUGUUCUUGUUUGGUCUUUUUCCAAGAAUAUGCAUCUUUCUCUGAAUGCUUGUAACUGUUUCCAUUAAACAUCUAUCUUCUUUUUCUGAUGAUCCCAGUUACAGUAUUUUACAAACAUUUCUAGGAAAGUAAUGGUUCUUAUUGUUCAAGGCACAUUUAUUUUCUUUUCUUCAUUUAGCUUUGAUUUCUGACCUGAAUACAGCUUUUUAUUGCUUACAGGGAAGGGAAGAGAUACAACCAAGUUAUAGGCAAACAGUCUAUUGCCAUAACAUCCUCCUUCCUAGAACCAGCCUUAUAAGAAACAAAGGUAUAAAUAAAGCCAAAUAGGAAACAGGACCAUGCUUGGAACGCUCUGUGGAUGGAGAACAAAUAAUACCUGUAUGGACUAGAGAUAAGGAAAGGGGAAGGAAAAGUGGAGUGAAAUUACGGAAGGAAGUUGGCAGGCUCUGUGUUUCUGUGUGGCAUAGCCAGUUUCUCUUCAUCCUUUUCCUAGAAAUAGGGCUUGGUGCCAGGGCUCCUGAGGCAUUCUUCACAGAUAAAAGGAGGUGAAGCUGUGUGGUGCCCCCAUUUCAGGUUUUUGGGUGAAGCCGACAUGAUGUUUUUCGUGUCUCUGUUUCUGGUGAGCACUCUAUUCCCUGCUCUCCAGGCCAAGCAAUUUACAAAAUGUGAGCUGUCCCAGGUGCUGAAAAACAUGGAUGGCUAUGGAGGCAUCACUUUACCUGAAUGUGAGUUUUCUGCUGCCUUGCUGCUUCAUCCCAUUAUCCAUCUGCUUCUCUCCUUCACCCUCCUUUUCCUCCCGAUUUUGUCUCCACUUUCACUGGAUUAUCUAAUAAUCCUCUUACUUUCUCUGUUUAUCUGUUUACUCUUUUUCAAUAUAUUUUAUUGAUUAUGCUAUUGUAGUUGUCCCAAGUAUUUUUCCUUUGCCCCCCUCCACUUGGUACCCCCAUUCCUUCCAGCAAUCUGUGGAGGGAAUGCCUGUCCAUGGGUCAUGCAUAUAGGUUCUUUGGCUACUGCAUUACCUAUACUGUUCUUAUCAUCCCCCUGUCUAUUUUGUACCCACCAAUUUGUGCUUCUUAAUCCCUGCAAAUUUGCCCCCAUUUUUCCUGUUACCCCUCCCAACUGAUAACCCUCCUAAUAAUCUUCAUAUCUAUGAUUCUGUUCCUGUUCUGAUUUUUUGUUUAGUUUGUUAUUUGGAUUCAAUUAUUGAUAGUUGUGAAUUUAUUGCCAUUUUAAUGUUCAUUGUUUUGAUCUUCUUCUUUUCCUAUAUAAUCCCCUUUAGCAUUUCCUAUAAUAAUGGCUUGGUGAUGAACUCCUUUAGUUUUACCUUGUCUGGGAAGCAUUUUAUUUGCCCCUAUAUUCUCAAGGUUAGCUUUGCUGGAUAGAAUAAUCUAGAUUGUAGGUCCCUGCUUUUCAUUACUUUGAGCACUUCUUGCCAGUAUCUUCUAGCCUGCAGAGUUUCUUUUGAGAAAUCAGCUGACGGUCUUAUGGGAACCCCUCUGUAGGUAACUCUCUGCUUUUCUCUUGAUGCUUUUAAGAUUUUCUCUUUGUCUUUAACCUUUGGUAUUUUAAUUAUUAUAUGUCUUGGUAUGUUUCUCUUUGGGUCCAUCUUGUUUGGGGCUCUCUGUGCUUCCUGAAUUUGUACAUCUAUUUCCUUUACCAAAUUAUGGAAUUUUUUUCCAUUAUUUUUUCAAAUAAGUUUUCAAUUUCUUGCUCUUGCACUUCUCCUUCUCACACCCCUGUGAGUUGAAUGUAGGUACAUUUAAAUUUGUCCCAGAUAUUCUUAAUCUUAUCCUCAUUUUUUUGAAUUUUUUUUUUGUUCCUGCUGUUCUGAUUGAAUAAUUUUUCCUUCCUUAUGUUCCAAAUCGUUGAUUUGAUUCUGUGGUUCAUCCUCUCCACUGUUGGUUCCCUGUAGAUUUUUCUUCAUUUCACUUAAUGUAACCUUCAUUUCUGCCUGGGUUUUUUAUGCUGAUGAAGUACCCAAUGAGUUCCUGGAGCCUCCUGAUGACCAGUGCUUUGAAUUGUGCAUCUGAUAGGAUGCAGGGAGUUGCUUUUCUUCGUUUCAUUUAGUUCUUUUAUUUGGAGUUUUGUUCCGUUCUUUCAUAUGGGCAUAUUUCUUUAUCUCUUCAUUUUGUCAACUUCCCUGUGUUUGUUUCUGUGUAUUAGGUAGAGCUGCUUUGACUCCCUGUCUUAGCAUAUCUGUUAAGUUUUAUAGCAGAGCCUUAGGUAAUUGCCAGGGUGAGGCAACCUGUGUCACCACUCUGUUGCUCUGUGUGUGGGAGGGCUUGCAGAGGGGACAGUGUUGCUGCCUGGCCUCUGGAGUUUUGCCCAGGAAGAAGCUGUCUCCCCACUCACACUUCACUUUCUCCCCAGUACCCCCCCCAGCUGUUGCUCUGGUACUGAUUAUCAGAGGAAGUGGGUCUGCAUGAGUCCUAAAUUCACUGUGGGCCCUUUAAGAGGGCACAGUUUCUUCUGCCACCCCAAUCCCCAAGGGUUUUUACAGCCAGAAGUUAUGGGGACUUAUCUGCCUGGCACCUGGAUCCUGGGUUGAGUGGUCUGUACUGGGGCUGGGAUCCCUCGAUUCUGAGGUAUCCUUUCCAUUUUUUAUCUACCAUGUGUGGAUGUGGGACUGCCCAUUCCAUCUCCAUGCCUUUCCAUUUCUCCAUCCCUCCUACCUAUCUGGAUGAAUGUGGCUUCUUUAAAUCCUUGAUUUUCAGACUUCCACACAGCUCAAUUUUCUGACAAUUCUGGGUGAAAUUUGUUUUGUAGCCUGGAUGUGUUUUUUUCCUAUAGCUGUGUGUAGAGGCAAGGUGUGUUUACCUAUGCCUCCAUCUUGAUGGGAAAUCUGUUUACUCUUUUAAUACAUUUAUUCUCCUAUCUUUUCUUUUUCUCAAUGUCAUAUUUUUUUGGAACUUUUAAAAAAUCUCAUCAAAGUACUCCGUGCUGUGCCAUAUUUGGGGAUUUGCUGGAGGGCCUUUUGCUCUCUAGGAACACAGGUGCUCAUUUAUACCGCACCAAGCCAUCCCUGUGACACCUUUCUCCUCUUUCCCCAGGGAUCUGCACCAUAUUUCAUAUGACUGCCUAUGACACACAAACCAUACUCCAUAACAAUGGCAGAACAGAAUAUGGACUGUUCCAGAUCAAUAAUAAACUUUGGUGCAAGGACAAACAUAUACGUCAGUCAAGGAACAUCUGUAACAUCUCUUGUGAGAAGUUUUUGGAUGAUGACCUUACUGAUGACAUGAUGUGUGCCAAGAAGAUCCUGGAUAGUGAAGGAAUUGACUACUGGUUGGCCCACAAACCACUCUGCUCUGAGAAGCUGGAACAGUGGCUCUGUGAGGAGUUAUGAGUGCCUACUGGCUGUUAUUGUUGCUUUGGCCCUUUAUAUGCUCCUGGAACUUCUCUUCCCCAAAGACACCUCAGUCUGCAUCUUUCUACUCUCUUGAAGCUAUUUUGCCUUUGAAGCCUGGCCCUGUAGUAGUGACACCAUUGGACACUUGAGGACUAUUCUCCAAGGACACCUGACUGGUGCACUGAACUUUUGUCCCAUGCUCAGUGCCCUGAUGGCAUUUUCACUACAACAAUGGAUUCUACCUCUGUCCUAAAU